UCUCAUCAUCGGUGGGUCACAGCUUAUUUGCAGGCAGAAACCAACUUCAGAUCAGCUACUCUCAACUUUUCCCAGCAGCUGAAUCACAAAUUCUCCCUCCUUCCAGAGCAGAUCAUAUGGAUGAGUAAAGUAUAGCAGCCCAGACCUAUCCGCGCAGAUCUUCCCUUCAGUCCUCAACUGUCACUAUGGACAUCACAUGGAGAGUUUUGCAUCUCUUUCAGCUUUGCCUGAUCUUUCAUAUUUGGCUGCUGAGCAACUGCCACUUGUACAACAACCGCUAUGAUGGCGACAAAGUAAUACGAGUUGUUCCCAAGAAUGAUGACGAGGCUGAUGAAUUGAAGCAUAUGUACCAACAGCUUCAAGUGGAUCUUUGGCAACCCAGCAGCAUCAGUAACAUCUGGAAAGACAUAAUAACCGAUGUCCACGCUUCCAACAUGAGCUCUGAGGCCCUGCUUACCUACUUACGACAAGCCAACAUGGAAUACAAGAUUCUUGUAAGUAACUUGCAGCAGGUAAUUGAAAAGCAGAGUCCUUCUAGAGCAAAGAGGAAGCGAAGGUCCAUAUUAAAGUAUGACUAUGAAGACUAUCAUACACUGGAAGAGAUUGAGAAAUGGAUGCACCACAUGAAUAGAUCUCACUCAAAUCUUGUUCACAUGUUUUCAAUUGGGACCUCUUAUGAAGGAAGACCAUUGUAUGUGCUUAAGUUGGGUACAAAGCCUUCCUCUUUUAGGAAAUCUUAUAAGAGAGAGAUUUGGAUGGACUGUGGUAUUCACGCAAGAGAAUGGAUUGGGCCAGCUUUUUGCCAGUGGUUUGUAAAGGAGGCCAUUAAUACCUAUAAAAGUGAUCCUGUUAUGAAGAAAAUUCUUGACUUUCUCUACAUAUAUGUGAUGCCGGUGUUAAACCCUGAUGGGUAUCGCUACAGCUGGACCCACGAUCGUUUCUGGAGAAAGACAAGAUCAAAAAUGAGAUAUAAUUGCUAUGGUGUGGAUGCUAACAGAAAUUGGAAAGUCAAGUUUUGUGAGGAAGGGGCAUCUCUGAAUCCAUGUGACAACACAUACUGUGGACCCUAUGCAGAGUCUGAACCAGAAGUGAAAGCAGUUGCACAAUUUAUCCAUAAAAGGAGAAAAUUUAUCAAAAUCUACAUCACAUUUCAUGCCUAUGCUCAAAUGAUACUUUAUCCUUAUUCCUACCAGUAUGAUGACAUCCCAAAUUUCAAGUGUGUGGAAUCAGCUGCUCAAAAAGCUGUCCAGGCUAUAAACUCAGCUUUUGGUGUACGGUAUAGACAUGGUCCAGUAGCAUCUACUCUAUAUCUGAGUUCUGGAAGCUCCGUUGAUUGGGCUUAUAAUAAUGGUAUACCAUAUUCAUUUGCAUUUGAACUUCGCGACACUGGAUAUUAUGGAUUUCUCCUUCCAGAUGGCCUCAUUCGACCCACUUGUAUAGAGACAAUGUUAGCAGUUAAAAAUAUCACAAUGCACUUACUGAAGAAAUGCCGUUAAAAGUCAGAUGUGUAAGAGCUGUACAUCUUCAUGGGGAACUGUAGUCUUUUUGAAGAUGAA